AUGCCAACGAUAGUAGAUCAAGCCCCCCAACGCUACACUCUCGACACCACCUGGAAGCAAUUCUGGUGGAAUACUCCCUACAGUAUGAAUAGCAAUCGAACUGAGGAGGACGGGCUAUGGGAGGCUAUCCAGCCCGCCCACGGGUUCGUGGCCAUCGACCGCACCUGGGCGCAAGAUCACGGCUGGCCCGACAGCAUGUAUCUCCCCUCGGAUGGGAGUAAAGGGGUGUAUUUGCUGGAGGCGUAUCAUUACCUGCAUUGCCUGCGCAUCCUCCGCAAGACCUUCUUGGAAGCCAUUGAGGGAAAUCCCUUUACCCAUCCCCCGGGCGCACAUAUGAAGCAUUGCUUUGAUGCACUGCGACAGUACAUCAUCUGCAAUGCCGACAGCACGCCCCUCUACAGCUUCGGUGACUUCACCGCAGGCGAUGGUCAAGUCCACGAGUGCAAGGACUGGGGACAGCUACGCGACUAUGCCACCCGCCACACGGCCUGCUACCGCGACAGUGACGAGCCAAUUCCCCUUUGGGAGCAUUUUGGGUUUUGCGAUGAUGGAAAUGACGGGGUGAAUGAAUUGCCCUGA